GGACGAAACCAGAGGCGGGAAUGGAACCAUGAACAGAAAGUCAGAAACGGGAAUGGAAUUGACCGGUCAAAUUUCUGGCCGCCGCCUCCUCCUCCUCGUUACGUUGGCUUCACUAGCUACUUACUACUGAGACAGGGUCAGCUACUCCAUCUUACUCUACCGAGGAAAAAAAAUGGCAGGACCAGCUCUUCCCCCUCUGAAUGUUUUUUAUCUAUUGAUCAUCUUCACAAUCGCCGUCGUCUCUGCAUCCUCUUCACCAUCACUCGCUUCUCCGCCGUCCUCCUUCUCUCCAUCCAAGAAGCCGCCGCGCUUCCUCAGCAAAGUCUCACAUGGAACCAGAACACAGCAGCAAUACCGAUACGAGAUUCGGUAUAUCUCGCAGAGACUUGACCACUUCAGCUUCGCUGAGCUCCCGUGGUUUUCGCAACGCUACCUGAUAAGCACGGAGCACUGGGUAGGCCCCAGCCGGCUCGGCCCCAUCUUCCUUUUCAGCGGCGGCGAAAGAGACAUAGAAGGAAUCGCCGCAGGCACCGGGUUCGUCUGGGAGAUUGCCCCUCGCUUCGGUGCAAUGGUUCUUUACGCGGAGCAUAGGUACUACGGGGAAUCAAUGCCACAUGGAAGUAAAGAAGAGGCAUACAGGAAUGCUUCCACACUGUCUUAUCUAACUGCAGAGCAAGCGCUCGCGGAUUUUGCCGUUUUGGUUACUGAAUUGAAACGAAAUUUAUCUGCUGAGGCAUGCCCUGUAGUCACGUUUGGUGGAUCCUAUGGAGGAAUGCUAGCAGCGUGGAUGAGGCUCAAGUAUCCUCACGUUGCAAUUGGGGCACUUGCUUCUUCGGCACCUGUUCUUCUGUUUGAGGAUAUUGUGCCACCAGAAACUUUUUAUAACAUUCUCUCCUAUGCAUUUAGGCGUGAAAGUGUUAGCUGCUUUAACACUAUAAAAGAGUCAUGGGGUGUGAUAACAUCUGAGGGUCUGAAAGAGGAUGGUCUCCAGAACCUAACCAAAACUUUCCACUUAUGCGGGGAAUUAAAGAGCACAAGUGACCUUGCAAAUUGGUUGGACAAUGCCUAUAGUUAUUUGGGAAUGGCUAAUUACCCAUAUCCUUCUGAGUUUGGAAUGCCUCUCCCUGGACAUCCAAUAAGAGAGGUUUGCAGAAAGAUUGAUGGUUCUCCUAAUGGGUCUAGCACUCUGGAGCGCAUUUUUAAUGGAGUAAGCAUCUUUUACAAUUAUACUGGAGAUGCCAGUUGCUUUGAACUUGGUGAUAAUCUUGAAGGAAUGAAUGGUUGGGAUUGGCAGGCAUGCACUGAGAUGGUUACACCACUGGCAAGUGAUCCAGACAAAAGCAUGUAUCCUGCCAUCAGCUAUAAUUACUCUUCUUAUCAAGAGAAGUGCUGGAAGAAUUUCCGGGUCAUACCAAGGCCUAGAUGGAUAACAACAGAAUUUGGUGGACAUGAUAUUGAGCAUGUAUUGAAAAACUUUGGAAGUAAUAUCAUAUUCUCAAAUGGUCUAUUGGAUCCAUUGAGUGGUGGCAGUGUUCUGAAGAAUAUAUCCCAGACUAUUGUGGCGCUCGUAACAAAAGAAGGUGCCCAUCAUAUAGAUUUGCAUGCCUCGACCCAAGAAGAUCCUGACUGGUUAGUGGAGCAGAGGGCAAGUGAGAUAAAGCUGAUCGAAGGCUGGCUAAAUGACUACUACAGUCAAAGGAAAGUGAAGGCUGGUUAAAGGACUACUUUAGUGAAAGGAAAGCAACCUUCAAAAUGUUAGAUACGACAGAUUCGUGGUGGUAAUCCUUCAGGGUGCUUUCCUGUUGUU